GUUACAGUUCUCAGAGACGAAUUCCGACUGGAGCCCCAAAGUUCCAGGGUAGCAGCCGGCGAGGACAUCGUACUGGAAUGUUCUCCUCCUAAGGGCGUCCCAGAGCCACAAGUCUUCUGGAGAAAGGACGGGCAAUCGCUGGGAGUAGAGGGAAGAUUGAAAUUAGUGGAUGGGUACAAUUUAGCCAUUACCGAUACUAAAACUAAUGAUGACGGGAAAUAUCAGUGCAUUGCGAAAAACACGGCUGGAGUUAGAGAGUCUGCAGCUGCCGUGUUGAAGGUCUAUGUUAAACCAUUCAUGAUUCGUCCACCAGAAGAUAUAACCGCCGUGGUAGGAUCAACAGUGGAAUUCACAUGCGCUACAGGAGGAGACCCAAUACCCGACGUCCUUUGGCGAAGAACUGCACCAGGUGGUACGAUGCCGCUAGGUAGAGUUAGGGUACUGGAAGAUCGCACGUUGAGGUUAGAACAAAUCGUUUUGUUAGAUCAAGGAAGAUACUUUUGUGACGCGGAUAAUUUCGCCGGCGCUAUUACAGCUUCGGCUUUGCUAAUAGUACACGCACCACCGACGUUCACUACCAAACCUCAAUCGCAAGCCGUUGAAGCUGGUCGUGAUGUGACGUUUCAUUGCAACGUCAAGGGAAACCCCCCGCCGUUCAUAUUUUGGACUUUCGAAGGCGAUAGAGCUCUGGUUUAUACUGGCAGUAAUUUUGCCAAUUACGAAGCUUUUACCACGUCGGAAGGGUUUUCUACUUUAGUUCUGAAGGAAGCACAGGUUCAAGACUCUGGUACCGUCGUAAUUUGUUCCGCAAUUAACGCUGCUGGGUCAGUAUCUUCAAGAACGCGACUUACAGUGACGUCCAAAGAAGAUAGACCUCCGCCCAUCAUCCUCAGCGGUCCUGUAAAUCAAUCUCUACCUAUAGACUCAGUGGCAUACAUGUCUUGUGAAGCUGAAGGCAAUCCCAAGCCGGUAAUUUCUUGGUAUAAGGACGGAGUACCUGUCUCGUCGUCACAUAAAGUCAACAUGUCCAAUCCCAAUCAUUUGGAGAUUCAAAGUUUACAAAAAGAAGAUUCUGGGUCGUAUACUUGCGUGGCUUCGUCUAGGAGCGGUAAAGCGACUUGGUCUGGACAUUUGUUGGUCGAGAAUCCCAAGAAUCCUAAUAUAAAUUUUUUCAAAGCUCCCGAAGCUGUUAUGCUGCCUGGUCCGCCUAGCAGGCCUCACGCUUUGAACCAAUCUGAAGGCAGCGUAACCAUCACGUGGGGGCAAAACAACAAAAUAGGCUCCUCUAGCCUUCUCGGCUACCAAGUAGAGCUGUUCGGAAAAGAAGAAGGGGUUACUCCUACUUGGACGAUAGUGGGUCGAAGAAUACCAGGUCCCACAUUCACCCAACAUCUCCUUACAGCCGGUGUACCUUACACGUUCCUCAUAAGAGCUCAGAAUGCUCAUGGUAUCGGUCCUCCUUCCCAGCUCAGCGAACCAGUGGUCGUCGGACCGGAUGCAGCUCAGAAUUGGGGUAAUCCCGAAGUUACAGAGUUAAGCGAAGCUAGAGCUAAUUUAAUUACGCCUAAUAUAGCUAAAUUGACUGAAGCGAUUCCUCUGACGUCCACUUCCAUAAAGAUCGUUUGGGAUAUUAACGAUUCUACGUACGUGGAGGGAUUGUACAUUUAUUAUUUAGCUUUGGACGACAAUGAAGAAAGGCCUAAAACUUAUAGUAUGUUAACGGUGUUGCAUACUGGUGGUACGUCGAGUUUUACUGUAAAUAAUUUGGAAAAAUGGGCUAAAUAUGAGUUUUUCUUGGUGCCGUUUUUUAAGACUGUCGAGGGACAUCCUUCGAAUUCCAAAACUGUCAGAACGUUAGAAGAUGUCCCUUCAGAAGCUCCAUCUUACAUGGAAGCGCUUUUGCUCAAUUCCACGGCUGUGUACUUGAAAUGGAAACCGCCGCCUCCUAUAACUCUUAACGGGGAACUCCAAGGUUACAAAGUGGAAGUUAAAACCAAUGGUACCGAUCAAAUCAAGUUGAUUACCGUGGGUAAAAAAUCUACGAGCCUUUUACUUGGUAGUUUAUCGCCUGGCGUGUCUUAUUUCGUAAGAGUAGCUGCUUCUACCAGGAUCGGAUUAGGGCCAUUCAAUCCGGCUGCUACAUUGAGACUGGAACCCACGUCUAGAAUAUCGGACAAUAAUUUUCAAAGGCCAGUCGGUGCUGAUAUGCAAUCCGGCGACUUCAUCACCGAAACCUGGUUCAUGGCGCUGUUAAUAAGCAUGGUUUCCGUCAUGAUCCUCCUCUUCGGGGCCAUGAUCUUCGUCAGACGACGACAGCUGCUGUCCAAAAAGAGCCUAACACCGAGCAGAUCUAACGGAGCAGUUUUAACCACACCGCUAGACGUAAAACACGAAGCGCCUCUUUGGUUGGACAAGGAAAAUCUACCGGAUUACUCGUCAACUACUCUACCAGAGUAUUCGAAAUUAAAUCCUGGCGUUCAGAAGAGGAAGGAGUACGUGUAUAACGGAUCUGUAUCCAAUGGGGUGAAUCCUUACGGCAGCAUCAAUUUGCGAUCGAACCCGUUGAACCACGCCGAAUUCUCCCGGCCCGAUAACUUACAGUACAGCUCGGAAAAGUAUUAUCCGGUAACGGCGAGAAAAUUCGAGGAAUUUCUCAACAUGCAAGUGCAGGAGUACGCCAGUCCGAACGUAGAGUCCAAAGUGGCCGAUUAUGCGGAAGUCAACGCUAAUUUGGUCGCGAAUAACGAAGGAGGAUCUGUGUCUCCGGCUCCCUAUGCUACUACGACGCUGGUGGCUUCAGGAAAACGAACGCAUUGGAACAAUUUCAGUUCAGACAUAGACGACGAAUGUCCAUAUCCAUCGGCAAACGGCGGUUACUACAACAGAAAAGUGUACUCAGAUUCGUACUUCUCCCCCAUACAAACGUUAAGAAGAAAUCGCAACGGCAAAAAACCGCAACAGAAUCCUCCCGAUAUCGUGUCGCCCUCUAGUUCCACAGGUCACCCAGUCUACGCUCGAGUAGGGCCUCCAGGAUUAUCGUGGCGAAGCGAAGUGCCAUCUAUGAGCAGUUUUACGCCUCACAAACAAGUGUAUCAUCAUGGAUCUAGUCGAUCGGAACCAGGGAAUAUGUAA